UAGAGUCUGGAGCCAAGACCUUGCCUAUAAGUAUACUUGCAAACAUCUGUUAUGAAAUCUGUUUAUAUUUUUUGCUCUUUGGCAGUGAUAUUUGCAGUCCUAUUGGGGCUGGGUCUGUUUGCAAGUAUUUGGUGGCUUGAUGCUUCAGUUCAAGCUUCUAAAACUUCUCCUCACAUAAUUAUCAUCUUGGCAGAUGAUUUGGGAUGGAACGAUGUCAGUUUCCAUGGGUCAGACCAGUUCCAGACACCCAACAUUGAUGCCCUAGCAUACUCUGGUGUCAUUCUACAGGACUACUACACUCAGCCUAUCUGUACACCAGCCAGGGCUGCCCUGCUUACUGGCAGACACCCCAUCAGUAAUGGAAUGGAGCAUGAUGUGAUAUACGCUCCACAACCAUGGGGUCUCCCACUCUCGGAGCGUAUAAUCCCACAGUAUCUACAGUCUUUGAACUACAAGUCCCAUGCAGUGGGGAAGUGGCACCUCGGCUUCUUCCAUUCCAACUAUACUCCAGCCAGGCGAGGCUUUGACUCUCACUACGGCUCCUGGCUUGGGCAUCAAGACCACUACUCACAUAUGGGGUAUGAGCCUCAUCCAGGGUAUGAUUUCCAUCGUGAUUUGAACGUCAGCUGGGACGCUGCAGGUAUGUACACCGCAGAUCUCUUCACCAAGGAGGCUGAGCAGAUAAUUAGAGAUCACGAUGAUUCUCAACCUCUCUUCCUCUAUCUUGCCCAUGAUCUGCCUCACGCUCCUCUGCAAGCUGAUGACAAAACUGUCAAGAGAUUCUCUUACAUUCCAGACAAAAAGAGACAGAAAUUUGCAGCAAUGGUGACAGCACUGGACGACUCUGUCGGUUGUGUAAUGAGGUCUCUUGAGGCGAAGGGCAUGUUGAACAACUCCAUUGUACUGUUCCUAUCUGACAACGGAGGUGCAACUAAUGGAUUCAAUGGCAACGUUGCUUCCAACUGGCCUCUAAGAGGGGGCAAGGACACGCUGUGGGAGGGUGGAGUGCGGAGUGUCGGAGUUAUCUGGAGUCCUCUACUGAAGUCAACUCCCAGAGUUCACAGAGGCCUGGUCAAUGUACAGGACUGGCUGCCUACAUUACUGGAGGCUGCAGGAGUUGGCAACCAAACUUUGGAUACAAGCCAUCUAGACGGUGUAAGUCAAUGGCCCUCUUUGCAACAGAAGACAAAACCACCGUACUCAACUAUGCUGCAUAAUGUCGACAAACAGAGGAAAAUUGGUGCACUGAGGCAUGGCAACUGGAAACUCGUCACUGGUAGAACGUACAACGGAGCUUACGAUGGGUUUUACGGACGUUUGAAUGGCAAAGUGGCUUAUGAUUUGAAUAAAAUAAGGAACAGUGAAACAGGAAAAGCUGUUAGUAACACUACAUCACCUCUGCCCUGUGACUCUGAUAUCUUGAAGAUGAGGACAGCGGCUACAGUCUCGUGUUUAUCUUCCCAAAUAGCAACUCCAAAAGUGACUCCACACGUAAUUCAUAUUAGGGACACAAUGUUUAUUGUGGAUGUCAAUGAAACUGGUUCUGCAAUGCAGAGGAAAAUGAAUAAAAGAAAACAUUCAAACACUUCUAAUGAAGUUCCCACACAGAGUACACUGGAUGCCACCGCGUGUAAACCUCAUCUAUCCCCGUGUCUUUUCAACCUGCUGGAAGAUCCCUGCGAGAAACGGAACUUAGCUGCAGAGUUUCCGGAAACAGUAAACCAGCUGAUGUCCAUACUGCAGAGCUACCAACCUGUGGCACCAAAUAACCGACCAGAAGAUCCCCGCAGCUAUCCGAUCCAUUGGAACAACACUUGGACAAACUGGCUUGACUUUUUGUGAUGCGGAGAAAUGUUAAAAAUACAUCACGCCAAUAUACGUUGAAAUAACCAUGCACUGAAUAGGUUAUGUUA